CGGUUUUUUAAAUCCAACGUGACAACACAACAUCUGCAAGAAAAAAAAAAAAAAGCCACCGUUUAAAUUAGAAACCAGAAAAUGGGUUAAAAAAUCAGUUUCAGCUCAGUGUGUUUGGGAAGCCUGCAGCACCCAGAAGUGAACAGCAGGCGACCCGGAAGGUUUGAAGUCCGACUGAGAGCGAGCAGAAAGAAGAGUCUAAUCCUUUUUAUAAAAUAUUUCUUCCCUCGCUGGUUCAGGAUGGCUGAACCUCGCUUUAACAAUCCCUAUUUUUGGCCUCCUCCUCCUACCAUGCCUGGCCAGCUGGAUAACCUAGUCUUGAUUAAUAAAAUCAAGGAGCAGCUGAUGGCAGAGAAGAUCCGACCGCAACAUCUGCCCGCUGCCUCAGCCCCUUCCCAACAGCCCUUACUGGCUCCCAACAUCCAGGUGGAUGGCGGCCAGCACGCCAUGUCCAAAACUCACCAGAUGCAGGUUCUCCACAGCCACAGCCCGUCUCAGCCCGAUAUCGCCCUGCACGCCCGCCCCGCCUCCAGCUCAGUCACAGGUCGCAUUCUGGGAGAUGUAAACUUGAAUCUGGACGACAAGGCAGCUAUAAAAGCCAGAGGAUUAUGGGAAGACUGGCAUCUGCGUCAACUUAUAGACCAUCCCUCCAGGACGAACCACGUCUCAGGUGUGGCACUGGCAUCCAGGACAGGCAACCUUAACACUUCAGAGAUUAUCACCCCCACCACACCCACCUCCAGCAGCCACAGCCGGCUGGGUGGAGCCCCCACACCUCACCUCAUCUCAGGUUUAGCCUGCGGCCACGGCAUGGAGCACGGGAAAAACAACGGGGGCCUCGUGGGACUCCUCGGCCCUCCUCCGAAGGAGGAACGAGGGCGUAAGAGGAUCAAAGCAGAGAAUGGGUCGUCUCUUUUGGUGGUGCCCUAUCCAAUCCUAGCUUCAGGCAACGACCAGUCAUGUGUCACCAUUACUUCCAAGCAAGGAAAAACCUACAGGUGUAAAGUUUGUCCGCUGACCUUCUUCUCCAAGUCGGACAUGCAGAUGCACUCCAAAACGCACACGGAGGCCAAGGCCCACAAGUGUCCUCACUGCACUAAGUCCUUUGCCAACGCGUCGUACCUGGCCCAGCACCUGCGCAUACACCUGGGCAUCAAGCCUUACCGCUGCUCCUACUGCGAGAAAUGUUUUCGCCAACUCUCCCAUCUGCAGCAACACACCAGAAUUCACACAGGGGAUCGGCCUUAUAAAUGCCUGCACCCAGGAUGUGAAAAAGCUUUUACUCAGCUAUCUAAUCUGCAGUCUCACCAGAGGCAGCACAACAAAGACAAGCCCUUCAAAUGUUCCAACUGUUACCGUGCCUAUUCAGACUCUGCCUCGCUGCAGAUCCAUAUGUCUGCACACGCCAUCAAAAAUGCCAAGGCCUACUGCUGCAGCAUGUGCGGCAGGGCAUACACGUCGGAGACAUACCUUAUAAAACACAUGUCCAAACACACAAUGGUGGAACAUGUGGUGUCCCAUCACUCCCCCCAGCACAGGACAGAGUCUCCCACCAUCCCUAUACGGAUCUCCCUCAUCUGAGCUCCUCACCAGUCUCUUGCCCUCCCAUCAGAGACGUUUCCUGUGAUGUCUGCACUCCUCUGAUGGACUUCGAACCCAUUAACGGGUUUAAAAAAAUGUGCCGGAUUGUACAAGUAUCUUGUGAAGAGGUGCUCUUUUAAUGAGUGUAUCCUCCUUUUCCUUUCUUGCUGACCAGAUAGUAUUAUCGGGGACAUCCAAAGAUGACUUCUCAGCACUUUCAGGCCGGGAAAUGACAGGCCUAAAAAUUGUCUCUUUCUAUGUGACUACACAGGGGGAAAAAAGAGUAUUGCUCCAGGCAGCUACAGUACAUGGGAAAUCUUUUAAAACUUUUUGUGUAAUAAUGAGAUUACAUUGUCUUUUUUUAUAUGGUCCAUUUCUUUCUUUAUUCAAGAAUUUGAAAACAAAUAUAUUUGCAUCAGAGAGAGUCUUCCGUCAGCUGAGUGGCCAAGUGAGCAUAAAGGAGAAUGCUUAUAUAAUGCGUAUUCAUGUAUAUCUUGCCACUUGUUAUGUCAGUGUUUGCAAUGUUUCACCAAUCACAUGGCCAUUACAUUUUCAUUACAGUAUUUUUUACCCUGUUGCCAACAUCACAAUGAGGUGUGACUCAUAAUUAGACAAAUAGAUAUAUUUUAUUUUACUUUUGUUUUGUGAUGUUAUAAAAUAAGCUCAAGGCAGUCCUCAGGUUUCCUCUGUUCUAGUUAAAUCAGUGCUGUAGGUCUCCUAAAAAACAAGAAGUGUUAAAAAAGGUUAGAUAUAAAGAACCACACAAACCAAGCAAAAAACUUCAAUUCAAACAGUCAAAACCCCCUAAAAACAUGAUCAUUUAUAUGCACUCAGUGCUUUUUUUGUCCACUUUUGAUGAGCAAAUAAAUAAAUGCAGUGGAAAGACUAAAAUGUGUUACAGAUGUGUUACUUUCCAGGAAAACAUUAAUAAUGAGGUCCGGCUUUUGGAUUUUCAGCCAUAAUGUUUAACUAAAGAAUCACACUUUUUUAAAUACUCAUUUUGCCAUUGUUUUAUGAAUGAAAAUGUUGACAUUUGAUAUGCAUUUACGCCUUAAUUUGUUACAACUCUCCACGCUGUUGUUUUAUCACUUUACAUUUGCCUUUAUUUCAUAGCAUGAUAUAUACUGUAAAUAAACUAUAUUAACU